AUGAAAUUGGCCAAAAUGCUAUCCAAGAUGAUUGUGAAUGAGCUAUUGUGGCCUGUUAUGGCCACACUGAAGGCUACUCGCGUCCUGCGUUGUGCUGGUCGGCGUGUCGGCGCUCGGCAAGUGGUGCUCUGGGUUCGAGUCCUGCCAAGCAUGCAGAUGCGCCAGAGCGAAGAGGCGGCCGACGAUCAGGCGAGCCGAUGCACUGGCACCAAUUCAGUCAAUUCAGCCAACUCCACAAAUUUCUUCUGUCCGGAGCCAUUUGGAGUGGACACCGUCAUUUAAUAUUUGGUCGGUAUAAGUGGUAUCCUAACUGAUGCAGACUUGACAACUAAACGUCUGUCCAGCAUUCCAAUUGCAGGUACC